CACGCGCGAUGGCGGCAGCGAGGGGGAGGAGGAGGAUGGCCUUGGGCCAUGGGAUUUCGUGGUGGGAGGGGGUGAGGGUAAGGAGCGGGGGGAGGGGCAGGGGGAGGGGGGAGGACACGAAGAUCCUGAGGAGGAGUAGGAGCAGGAGGAGGAGGAGGAGGAGGAGGAGGAGGAGGAGGAGGAGGAGGAGGAGGAGGAGGAGGAGGAGGAGGAGGAGGAGGAGGAGGAGGAGGAGGAGGAGGAGGAGGAGGAGGAGUAGGAGGAAGGAGGAGUAGGAGGAGUAGGAGGAAGGAGG